CACGCUUUUUUCCAUCGUUUUUCAAUCCAAACAUGGCUUGCCUUUCCUACUGUUCGUCGAGCACCGAGUUCGUCCAUCCACUCUGAAUUUCCCAUAUCACCUUGCGGUUCAAUUUCGCAAUUUCGAAACCUAUUUUAUUUUCAGUUUGAUCGAUCUGUUUCCAUCGAUCAGGUUGAAAGAUCUGUUUCUCCACCUAGACUCCAUUAAUCAAUCUGUUUUCAGCCCCAUGGCUCCUUCCCCAGAAAGAAGCACCCAGAACCGAUUACACAAGCGCCUGUCCGCAGAACCCUCUGAUCUCUCCGGAACCAUCGACGCCACAUCUCAUAAAGCUUGCCCAAUAUGCCUCUGUGAAAUCGAGCCGGACCGGGCCGGAUUCCUUCCGCUGUGCAGACAUGCUUUUUGCGCGGGUUGCAUCCGCAGGUGGAGCGGAUACAAGCGCGUGUGUCCACUUUGCAAGGCUCCCUUUGGCUCUUCACUCCUCGUGAUUGAUCUCUCCUCUCGAACCCUUAAGAAAACUCCACUGGAUUAUGGACCGCCGCCCUUAGGUUUUCCGGCACGACUGAGAAACCCCUCCGAGGAGCUGAGGUUUAUAAGAAGAAGAAGAGCACGCCGAAAUACCCAAUGCUCAAGAAUGAGAGAAUAUCCGAGGAUGAGGUCAUUUGGCACAUUCGAUGAUGCAAGCCUCGGUGUCAUCAAUCAGAGAAAACUUCAAUGGCGGGAAAGUAUAUAUGAAAUGAAAUUGCAGGCUGUCCCUUUCGCAUCUAAGAAUCGUGCUUUAGAGAAAAUGGAGGACAAUAAUGGGGUUAAAUCUAUGGUCGUACAAAGAAUAGAGCCAUGGAUACAGAGGGAGCUUGAGGCUAUACUUCACGACCCUAAUCCAUCCGUUAUCGUACAUGUUGCCACCUCACUUUUUGUCUCCACAAAUGGGAGAAGUGGCCAAGCUUCUUCUGGAGAACGAUACACGAGGGAUGAAUUUCUUACCCCUCUCAGGCCUUUCUUGCACGAUAAAGCUGAACUGUUCUGGCACGAGCUUAGAUGUUUCGCUGAGAGCCCUUUCUCUAUUGAGACAUAUGAUACUGUGGUGGAGUAUAAAUCGCCGAACCAAACCUAGAGAACAUCAUAGUUCCUGAAAGAGUGCAGGUUUCUUGGAGCGGGACUAGAGUUGGCCACGGUCCUUGGUUAAAUCACGAACCAUAUGAGUUGCUAACAUGAACUGUAGAAACAAUCGGUUCCAUGUUACUUUUAUGGUUUGCAAAAAAAAAAAAGAAACCAAAAACCAUGAGAACCAUAGUGAUCCAGUUUGGAACCAUAGAUGAUGAGUCUUUAUCAUGAUUUGAGUUGGGUCAUUAAAUUAGUUGCAUAUGCAUUGUACAUUUGUAGGAUAGUUGGGUCAUGUACUUGUAAUUUGAGUUUUUUUUUCGCAUAAGAGAAAUUACUACGUAGUAUGUAAAAUACACUCCUUAGUCCCCAAUGAAUAGAUUUCUCUAAA